AUGAAUUUAAGUAAAAAAUGUCCAAAACAUCGUUUGCUAGUCUACGGUGUUUUAAACGAGGUUGAUUUUCAAAUGGCUAAGUGCUGCGCUGAGGACUUGUUCAACAAGAGUCCCGACCUAUUCAAGAAACCUCACAUUGAACCAAUGCUGGAGUUUGAAUGGUCGGAAUUUAUUGAGAAGAAAAUAAAAGAAUUGAAAGGCGAGCUAUGGUCAUUCAACAACAAGACGCUAAUUUUUUUAGGUGAUGAUGCACUUGGCGGCCCAAAAGAGUUAAUAACGUGGGCAGAAUCAGUUGAUUGCUACGAAAACUACAGACCCAUGUCCCUCUACGAGGUGUUAGCCAACGAAGCUUAUAAAAGCCAUGUCGCCUCUAAAAAUCAUACGUUCGUGUACAUGGAUUUUACGAUUGAUGAAUCUCCCAUUGGAAGAAUUAUCAUUGAGCUAUACGACGACAUCGUACCAGACACGUGUAGAAACUUUCGAAUGUUGUGCACCGGUGAGCUUGGCUCGGCUAAGGGGUCCGAAGUUCGCCUGCACUACAAGAGGUCGAUCAUUCAUAGAGUCGUCCCUGGUGGGUGGAUCCAAGGUGGAGACAUCAAAGCGUUGAAGGGCAACGAUGGUAUAUCCAUAUAUGGCGAUGUAUUCAGUGACGAGAACUUCAUUGUGAAACACGACAAACGGGGCGUGGUGGGCAUGGCCAACAAAGGGCCCCACACAAACGCCUCCCAAUUUUACAUCACCCUGCAGCCAGCCACCUGGAUGGACACCAAAUACGUCGCUUUCGGGCAAGUUGUGGAUGGUUCAUCAACGUUGAAAAUAAUUGAGAAGCAAGCAACUCAGAACGACAGACCAACUAAGGAGAUUCUUAUAACGAACGUCGGACGAUGCCCACUUGACUCAUAAUCAUUUUUCUAUAACUUAAUAUAAUUAUAAUUAUUAUUAUAUAAUUUUUUUUGCUCUCUCUUUCUCUCCUUUUUUUUCUUCUUUUAUUCAUAAUGUCUACCGUCUCUUUAUCCAUCUAUUUGUAUCUAUCUAUUUCUACCACCAUGAUUUCUUUCCUUGGCAUUCUGUCUUUCUUUUUCUCUCUCUUUCUCUUCUUUCUCUCUCUCUCUCUCUUACUUUCUUGUUUUACAAUAUAAUACAAUCAUCCUAAUCACUUGUGACCGCAUGCUGAAAUCCAGGGUCAUCCGUCUCUAACGCACCCUUAACUUACCUACUCAAUACAAUUAUCCCUGGCUUACUUAAAUUUCAAAACUCAAAAGGCCAAUUCAAUCGCCAUUCGGCACCCGCCCACCUUGCCUUGGGCUCCAAAUUAAUAAUAAUAUCCAUCUAUCUAUCUAAAUUAGAAUUUUUUCAUUUUUCUUCUUCCUCCUUUGUUAGCACAUGAUUCUGUUAGCCAUUAGUUUCGCUUCCAGGUUAUUCAAUUAAAUUCAAAACAUUCUAAAGAACUUUUACAUUAAUACUUUUUUAAUUAUUACAGUUAAUAUUAUAAAUAUUAUUAUUAUUAUUACUAUUAUUAUGUCAAUUUAUAUAUUUUUUUAAAAAAGUAACUACAUCAUCAUCGCUAAUUAUCAGUGCUGUUAUUAUUAUUGCUGUUAUUAUUAUUAUUACAAUUAUUAUUACUAUUAAGAAAUAAUUAUAAAAAGGAUUUAUUGUCGUUAUUAUUAUUUUUUUUAUUAUGAAUAAUAUUAUGUGUGGAUAUUUUUAUAGUGAAUCCGGUUAUGUCAAUUAAUUAUACCGCUGUAGUAUUUAUAUAUGAUGAUAAAAACUGAUCGCUGAUUUUCAAACACAAGCGUUUUUUUUCACAAAUAAAAUCUAUAUUUAAUUAUAAUUAAUUUUAAUUAAUUAAUAAUGAUAAAAUAGCCAUUAUUUCACAAUAUAUUAUUGCUAUAGUUAUAAUUUAAAAAUAGUGAUGUUAAUAAUAAAUGCAUAAAUUUUAUUGGUUACAUUAAGGUUAUAAGUCACACUUGUAAUAUGUGAUAGUAGAAAUAAUAUUAAUAAUAUCAUUAUUAAUUGUAAAAAUACUAAUAAUAAUAAGGAAA